CUUCGUUGCCAUAUAAACCCCCCCUCUCUCUCUCUCUCUCUCUGUCGGUGUUGAGAUCUUUGCUGCUUCUGCACUCUUCUUCUGCAGCUUCUCUCCACCUUUCCUCACUCUGCAAUCAAUCCCUCUCUCUCUCUCUCUCUCUCUGGCCCAUUAUAUAUCUAUCGCCCCCCCAUUCAUUGCCGAGCCCUCCUCUGAAGCCUUGAAUUUCAAGGUUCGGAUUCGGAUCGACCGAUUUCUCCGGGAGCAAGCAAAGCUGAAUCGCGCGGCUUCGAGUUGGGUCGUCUGGGGCUUCGGAUCUGGGAGACAUGGUGGUGAGGCUGAGUGUUGCCGCCCGUAAACACGCUGCUAUAUGGUAGCUGCUGUCGGGGGUCGUUGGCGCCGUUCUUUGGAGGAGAGGGAGAGCGAGGGUUCUCUGGGGCGGGGGAGGUGCAUGAGGGAUUUGGUGGAGGCGGGGGAGGAGGAGAGGGUUUUAUUAUGCUCGGAGAAGGGUUGUUCCGGGAGGGGAAUAAGGUGGGAUUGCGGUCUUCUUGUUAUUCGGAGCAGGGGUAGAUGGGGCAAAUGUGGGUGAAUUGAGCUGAGCCCUUCCCGUCUGCACCAUCUGCGACAUCGCGAGGACAGAAUCUCUCGUUUCGUUUUCGCGUUGGUGAAAUCUCUCUCGGGGAAUUUUGAGGCAGAGCUUGGGAAUUGUAAGGGUUUGAGGAGAGGAAGAAGAAGAUGCAGCAAGAUCAGAGAAAGAAGAGUUCCAGUGAGAUGGACUUCUUCUCUGAAUAUGGUGAUGCCAAUAGAUAUAAGAUCCAAGAAGUUAUUGGCAAGGGAAGUUACGGGGUUGUUUGCUCAGCAAUCGACACUCAUACGGGUGAAAAGGUAGCGAUAAAGAAAAUACACGAUAUCUUUGAGCACAUCUCCGAUGCUGCUCGAAUUCUCCGUGAAGUAAAGCUACUGAGACUUCUCCGGCACCCUGAUAUUGUUGAAAUUAAGCACAUCAUGCUACCACCAUCGAGAAGGGAUUUCAAAGAUAUUUAUGUUGUUUUUGAACUCAUGGAGUCAGAUCUGCACCAGGUCAUCAAAGCAAAUGAUGACUUAACGAGAGAGCACUACCAGUUCUUCCUUUACCAGCUACUUCGUGCUUUAAAGUAUAUCCAUACAGCAAACGUCUAUCAUCGAGAUCUAAAACCGAAAAAUAUAUUGGCAAAUGCAAAUUGUAAGCUCAAAAUAUGCGAUUUUGGCUUAGCAAGGGUUGCUUUCAGCGAUACGCCCACGACAAUUUUCUGGACUGACUAUGUUGCCACAAGAUGGUAUAGAGCUCCAGAGCUGUGUGGAUCAUUUUUCUCUAAGUACACCCCUGCAAUCGACAUAUGGAGUAUAGGUUGCAUCUUUGCUGAGGUUCUAACAGGGAAGCCUCUCUUUCCUGGAAAAAAUGUGGUCCAUCAGCUCGACCUAAUGACCGAUCUUCUUGGAACACCAUCCUUAGAUACCAUUUCACGGGUUCGAAAUGAGAAGGCUAGGAGAUACUUGACUAGCAUGAGGAAAAAGCAACCCAUUCCAUUCGAGCAGAAGUUUCCAAAUGCAGAUCCUUUAGCUCUGCGACUGCUGGAGAAGCUCCUUGCUUUUGAUCCCAAGGACCGUCCUACUGCUGAAGAGGCAUUAGCUCAUCCAUACUUUAAGGGGCUAGCCAAAGUGGAGAGGGAACCUUCAUGCCAGCCGAUUACAAAAAUGGAAUUCGAGUUUGAGAGACGAAGAGUGACGAAGGAGGAUAUAAGAGAGCUGAUCUUCCGAGAAAUACUGGAAUAUCACCCUCAACUACUGAAGGACUACAUCAAUGGAGCCGAAAGAACUAAUUUUCUCUAUCCAAGUGCGGUGGACCAAUUUAGAAAGCAAUUUGCACAUCUUGAGGAAAAUGGUGGCAAAAGUGGGCCUGUAAUUCCGCUCGAGAGAAAGCAUGUCUCCCUACCAAGGUCUACUAUCGUUCAUUCCAGCCCCAUUCCACCCAAUCAACCAACUUCGGAAGAGAGAUAUUGUAAUAGCUCAAGAGAUCCAGAAGGAACUUCCAUGUAUCAAUCCCCGAACUUGCAUGCGACUCAGAGAAUCCCGAUUGCAAGACCUGGAAGAGUCGUGGGGCCUGUCGCUCCAUAUGAGAGUGGGACCACAAUGAAGGAUGCCUACGAUCCAAGAGCUGUGAUGAGGAGCACUGUCCUCCCACCUCAAUCCCAGCUCGCUCCUUCAUAUUAUUACCAGAAGCCCUCUUCCAUGGUAAAGCAAGAGAGGCGGGAUAAGAGAACGGAUCCUGAGAGGGACUCCUUAGCCCAGCGGCAGGCAAAACAGAUGCCGCCACAUUGUGGGAUAGCAGCUGCCAAAUUAGCCCCAGAGGUGGCCAUAAACAUCGAUAGCAAUCCGUUCUUCAUGACAAGGGUUGGAGCGAAUAAGCUUGAUAACUCAGACGACCGGAUCGCGAUCGAUGCGAACUUCUUGCAGGCGAAGGCGGCUCAGUAUGGCGGCAUCGGUGCAGCUGCAGCUGCUGCUCACAGAAAGGUCGGAGCUGUACAGUAUGGUAUGACAAGAAUGUACUAGCUAGGGACGGGAAUAUAAAGAUCAGUAGUAUUAAAAGUAUAGUAGUUUAUCUCUUGUUCGUUUUUCCUUUUUACCCAAACAGAAACGAAUCAUUAUCCAUGUCGAGGUGGAAGCUGGUACAUGUGUUGAAAAUGCGCUGGAGUUCUUAGGAGAAAACCAGUUUGGCUUCUAUUAUGUAAAGAGGGGAGAGAGACCUUGUGCGUUUCUCGCGGGAGCCGGUUUCCCUGGUUGGAUAAUAAUCAAACUUGCAUUUGUUAAA